CUCACCCCGGAAGACUUUUGCGCUGCGUGGUUCCCCAGUCCCUGCACUCUUGUCGCCGCCGUCGAGCAGUCUCUUCCAUGGCUUCCAUCGUUCCCCCGACGGCUUCCCCAGGCUCAGGGGUCCUUGUGACUCAGCACGGCGCUUUCGUGAUCCGCUCCGAUUUGGGUUACUUCCUCCAAACGACUGACUUCAGCUCAGGGCAAGAUCUCAAAAUACAGCCCCUCCACCCUGCUUGCCGCGGAAAAGACCACUAUGUAGGAGACCCCAGCGGUCCGGCCAUCUAUCUCCUCCACGGGGACUCCUUCUGCCAAGUGCCGGACCUGACCUCUGAGCCGCCCACGGAUGCCUUCCCGUUGCACCCCAGCUGCCGCGGAGCAGACCAUUACGCAUUCUGCGAGGGACACUUUUUCAUCUUCUUCCUGUCGCGAGGGGUGGUCCUGUGUGUGGCUGACCUGGCCACGGGGGCCUUGGUUAAGGAGAUCCACUUGGAACCCACUCUCCUCAAUGGGCUGUACUACUACGGAGCUGAUUCUGCCCAUCUGGCUUGCUUCAGGAUGGACGAGGAGCAGCGGCUUUGUGGCACCCGUUUUGCCGCCACUGCAGGAUCCAAGGAGGAGUCCUUCGCGAUUCACCCGGACGUGGUCUCGUUCCUCCCAGGCGGACUGUCCAUCACGCACGGUGCUGCCUUCGGUCAGUGGCAGUGCCUCAAGCUCCUCUCCAACGGAACCGACAUGCCCAUGCCCAGCAGCAAUGAAAUAUCCCGCAUGGUUGGCUAUGCCAAGUUGGAACUUGGGCUAAAAGCUCAUGUCGACCCGUCAGUGAAUCCGGAAUCCCUGGCAAUGUCUCUGCUCCAGCACCACUUUGCACUCCCUACGAUCUACGGAGGACUGGGACUUCAGACCGAGCAAGAAGAAUGGGAAGACGCAGUGGAGGAAGAAGAGCCUCUCCGGGUGAUCCUGCAGCCCAGGCAAAAGCUUUACUGGUGGCAUUACUGCCUGGGGUUGGGCAAGACGCCUGUCUUGUAUUGCCGGUCACUGAAGAUCACCCGCAAUCCUUCACCCCCUACAAACAUACCUUUGCCACGGGCUGCGGUUUGAAGCCAGACUUCAGGAAGGAAGCUUUUAACAGGGCUAAAAAGAAAUAAAUAAAUAGAUAUAU